GAUCACCGAGCUCGCGCUCCUUGAGUAAGCGGGCGCGCGCGCGCGUGUGUGUCAGUCAGUCAGUCAGAUGGGCUGACUGACUAAAUCUUUAGGCGCAGGGAAGGAAAAGGAAGGGGACUAAGCGGGUCCGAAGGCAAGCCAAGCCCGUUGUCUGGGCAAAGAUGCUUAGCUGCAGUUAAGGAAGAGCUUCCUUCUCCUCUGGCAACGAUGAGGCCCCUCAGCCUGUCCUGCAAUCGUGCGCCUUUGACUCCGAGUCUCCUAUCACUGGCUGUUGGAUUGGGAGCCCUCUUAUUCGGUGGUCAUUGUUAGAGUGAUGGUUGAGGAAUGGUUGUCAUCAGUGCUUUAACAUACAAUCUUGGGUAGCCAGCAUAGCUGCAGUGUGUUUUGUAAGGUGCAGGUGAAUAAAACCCCACUGUACUCCUGCUGACGCUGAAAUGUGUAACUUAGAUUCUGUAUGAUAUAUUUGUGUAGAAUUGUGUAGAAUUCUGAGCAGCCGGCGAGCUCUGUGUCAGGGCAAGGGGGUGCAGAGAGUCAGGACAGGAUGAGGGAUAGUUCAGUUCCAAGCUCAGCUUCAUCGUCAGUGACAGAUCUAUUCUGCACCCCCCGCAGCAGUAGGUCAGACCUCUUCCUCCCAGGUACAUCUGGAGACUUCAGCCUGAGUGCCAGCUUAUCAGCCUGUACCCUGCUCUAUGAGGGUGCGGUAGAGCCCAUGCAGAUUGAUGUAGACCCACAAGAAGAUCAGCAAAAUGCACCUGAUAUCAACUACGUGGUGGAGAACCCAACUCUGGAUCUGGAACAAUUUGCAGCAAGCUACAGCGGGCUGAUGAGAAUUGAGCGACUGCAGUUCAUUGCUGACCACUGCCCACAGCUGCGCGUGGAAGCCCUCAAGAUGGCUCUCUCAUUUGUCCAAAGAACAUUCAAUGUUGAUGUUUAUGAAGAAAUUCAUCGGAAACUGACUGAUGCCACAAGAGAACUCCAGAACACACCAGAUGCUGUCCCAGAUGGAGGGAUCGAGCCUCCUCCUCUAGACACAGCUUGGGUUGAGGCAACACGCAAAAAAGCUCUUCUCAAGUUGGAAAAGCUGGAUACAGAUUUAAAGAACUAUAAGGGGAAUUCAAUCAAGGAAAGCAUCAGGAGAGGCCAUGAUGACUUGGGUGAUCAUUACCUUGACUGUGGAGAUCUCAGCAAUGCCCUCAAAUGUUACUCUCGAGCCCGUGAUUAUUGUACCAGUGCAAAGCAUGUUAUUAACAUGUGCCUCAAUGUUAUUAAGGUCAGUGUUUAUCUUCAAAAUUGGUCCCAUGUCCUGAGCUACGUGAGCAAGGCAGAGUCUACGCCAGAAAUUGCAGAGCAACGAGGAGAACGUGACAGCCAGACACAGGCAAUCCUCACCAAAUUGAAGUGUGCUGCAGGCUUGGCUGAGCUAGCUGCCCGGAAAUACAAGCAGGCAGCAAAGUGCUUCCUCUUGGCCUCGUUUGAUCACUGUGACUUCCCCGAGCUGCUGUCUCCUAGCAAUGUAGCUGUGUAUGGUGGCCUGUGUGCACUUGCUACCUUUGACCGUCAGGAAUUGCAACGCAAUGUCAUCUCCAGUAGUUCCUUCAAACUCUUUUUGGAGCUGGAGCCACAGGUGCGUGACAUCAUCUUCAAGUUCUAUGAAUCCAAAUAUGCCUCAUGUCUCAAGAUGCUGGAUGAGAUGAAGGAUAACCUGCUGCUGGACAUGUACCUGGCACCUCAUGUGAGGACACUUUACACACAGAUCCGAAAUCGGGCCCUCAUCCAGUAUUUCAGCCCAUAUGUGUCAGCAGACAUGCGCAAGAUGGCCACUGCAUUCAACACGACAGUGGCAGCUCUGGAAGAUGAGCUCACUCAGCUGAUCCUGGAAGGGCUGAUUAACGCCAGAAUAGACUCUCACAGCAAGAUUUUGUAUGCACGAGAUGUUGAUCAACGUAGCACCACCUUUGAAAAGUCUUUGCUGAUGGGCAAGGAAUUUCAGCGCCGCGCCAAAGCUAUGAUCCUGCGAGCAGCUGUCCUACGUAACCAGAUCCAUGUGAAGUCUCCUCCUAGAGAAGGAAGCCAAGGAGAACUCACUCCAGCGAACAGCCAGUCCCGAAUGAGCACCAACAUGUAAAGCUCUAGGAAUCUUCAAAAGACUCUCCCCCGCACUACACCUGGGAACAUGUGCAUCCAGCAUCCGAGCCACCAACGAUCCCUGGGUGCCUUUUCUGUCUCUCUGGGUGUGGGAGGGGCAGGACUAUUUGGGGGGGCAUGCCUUAGGAGUCCAGUAAUUCCUUUUAGAAUUGAAACUUCCAUUAGAUUGUGCACUGCGAAAAUACAUGAGCAUGUGAAUGCCAGGUGCAUCUUGUCCUUUCCCAGGGUAUUUCACAAACAGAGGCUUAUCUUGGGUUCUUGCACUUUCGAACAGACCUCUGUAGUUUCCAUUCAGUCAGUCACAGUGUGAAUAUGGAAGGAUAGAAGAUGUGUUCCUAAAGGACAUCUUGUUCACAUCACUGUUGUUUCUUACCCUGAUUCUGGCCCAAACAGAGUGCCUCUCAGGUAAUGCCCACAAGAAAUCUGGCAUCCUUUCCAUCCAAGGCUUAUGUUUGCAUUUACCCUGGGUCAGCUCCAUUUCAGUCUGUUCUUCCCUCUGGAAAGAAAGAAAGCCUGUAUUCUGCCUUGCUCUUGCAUCCACAGCCCCAUUCUGGCUAUAGUUUUAAUGUUUCCUCAUCCAGAUUCACUGCUGUAGUGCGUGGUGGCUUGCUAGCCUUUCUGGACAACUCGAGGGGGGGGGGCAUAGAUGGCACAAAAGUGGCUCCACCUGUAUCCAGGCAGAAUACUGCCUGGCUGUCUGCACUCCCUAUACCACUUGUUUACUUUUCACAGAAGAGGGUUGUGAUUGCAGGUCAGACAUGGAUUGUGUGAUGUUAAUGAAAAUAGUUAAAUGUUGAAUAUUCUGCAGUUUAUUCCCUGGUCCCAGGGACAAAGUUACAGAUUUGGAUCUAGCCCCUGACAAGCAAAAUACUGUUAAUGAUAUUUAGUUUAACAACAAAGUUCUCUCUUAUGCAUUAAAAAGCAUAAUUGUAAAGAUAAUUGUAGUACUGAAUUGGUCUGGUGGCUUUCCCAUCCCAACUUGGAAACAAGGCAAAACUGCAGCACAGGGAACUGAGGAACCUACAGCUGUAUAAAAUGUCCAGUGUCAGAAACUGUUAUGAAGUUAUGGAUUAUUGUGUUGCAGUCUUUUUGGGUAGUCUUUGAGCAGACAACUUGAAGGUUCAGUGUACUUGUAAAAAGUGUCACUUGCUAAAAAGAAGAAAGACAACCAAAGCCACAGAACUGGUCCACUUGCUUCACUCAGGUUUUUGAGAUGUUAGUGCUGUGGAAUAGAAAGGGAAAAGGAAGCAUCUCCCCCUCUCCUGGUAAAUAAUUCCUCCCAGGCAAUGAUAAGGGAGGGAUUAUUUGUUUCUUUGCUUAAAUGAAAACUGAGCUUAUUAGAAUCCAAGUGCUCCUUAACAUACGAAGCCUGACAAAUAGGCUGCCUCCAUCAAAUUAUUGUAAACCAGCCUUGCUAUUCAUUGGAGUUUUGACUUGUAGACUGAAGUUAAAUAGUUAAUAGUCACCUGUUUUUCUCUCUUUAUCAUAUGAACUUGGAGCAGACAUAUUCUUAUUUGCAUGGGUGUGAAGGAACAUGAUUGUGCUCAGUAUAUAAACUUGUGGAGAGCAACAAAUUUAGGGUGGGAAUAUGUUGGUGGUCCAUGAUGCAUUUGUGUGACUUACAGUGCAAUCCUAAGCGGAGUUAUACCUCCUCAGCCUGUAGAUUUCAGAGGAUUUAGAAAGGUGUAACUGAUUUGGAGUGCGCUGCUACAAGUGCAUCAUCCCUUCAACUGCCUUGGAUCAUGAGUGAGCAGAACAUGGGAAAGGCAAGAGUAAAAUGAAGGCCUCCACACAAUUAGUACUUUUCGACAGCAUGCAGCCUAUUUGAGAAGUAUUUGUGGAAACUGAGGUUUUUAGCCAACAGUAUUAACUUCUAUAAACGGGGAAAGAUAAACGGGGUCAGGAACUGACCUUUAUUUCUGCAAGAUGCUGUGUUGUGAUUGACAGGGCUUUAGAUAUUGAUCCUUGCCAUUCCCAAGUGGACCUUUUAGCAACACAUUUGUUAGCUUGUUUGGAAGAAAAUGCCCAUUCUCUUGGAUAAAAUAACACUUGGUCCACUACAGGCCUCAGCCUUAGAGAAGAGGCUCCUUAUCAGGUCCAAACGACUUGUGACCACAUUCUUGUGGCUGCCAUGAUGACAGGCUGCUGAUUUAAAGUCACUUAAACAUGCCAUGAGUGCCUGAUCCUGGUUGGACCUGUAGCACACUGCCUCUUGUGUCCCCCCCAAUGCCUUUUUAAGUGCCAAAAAAGUCACCGGUGGGGGGAGGUGGCAACUAUUUUCACUUAAUAAGGUGUUGGGGGGAGGGGGUGUGGCUCAGCCCACCAUUUUGGUUACCUGAUGAAUCAGCCUCUCACAACAUGUUUAAAUUACUUCAACGUGACAGCAUCUUUGUGGCAGCAAUCAGGACUCCGUCACAUCUCGUUUGGCCAUCAGUUGUCAAAAACAACGAGGAGAGGUUUGCUGCUGCUAACUUAGUGCUGGUUUUUGCAACUCUAGCAAAAACUGACUGUUUUGAUUGAACUCCUCAACAUCUCUCAGGCACUCGGCACUUUCUCCAGUUGACCUUGGAGAUUGUUAUUUCUAAUGUUUUGUCACCUGUGUAUGCAGAUCUCUCUGAUUUUGAAGUGAAGGCAUUUUGACCUUGGUCAGCUGGUUGUAGGAUUUCUGCUGUGGGGGCUUUUGCUAGUGAAAGUUCAGUCUGUUCCAAGGCACCAAAGAGCUACUCAGUCUGUUCCAAGGCACCAAAGAGCUACUUAAUAAAUUUAAGAGAACAGUAAGGAAGCUCCUGUUUCUGAUUCUGGAAGCUGGGAUUCUUAUUGUGUGAGGAAGCAAUAACACAGUAGCCACAGUUAUUGCAGAAACACUUCUGGUAGUCCUUGGACAAAGAAAAUGCUUGUUAAACUGAACCAAUCCCUUGAAAUAAGAGUUUUGAGAACUGAAGCUCAUGUUGAAAAUGGUUUUUUAAUUAGAGGGACAAAACUAUUCUGCCUACUUGCACCUCGUUUGUAUAGUCAUUAGGAGCAGGCCACAUGUCACAUUUGUCAUUGGAUGUGUUUAAAAAUUUCUUCUACUCUGGAGUUGUUUCCCUCAGUGGAGAAAUUGAAUCCUUUUUUUGGAAAAAAAAUCUUGCUAGAUUAGCACACCUGAGGCCUAUGGCGCUCCAGAUGUUCAUGGACUACAAUUCCCAUCAGCCCCUGCCAACAUGAACAUCUGGAGCGCCAUAGGUUGGCCACCCCUGCAGCUGAAAAAGGAAAUGAGUGUGUGCUACUUCUUGUUGACCCAUAAGCAUUUUUUUGGUCAUCUGCUUCUUACGUUCCUGCAAUUAUCAUAGGUUAAAAAACCCUGUGCAUUGUAUUUCAAAUUGGAGCCAGGUUUCUUUGAAAGAGCACUGAUCGCAUGUCAGAGCCUGCAUGUUUCCUGUAUGUAUUCUAAAACAUUUUGAUAUGUAGCACCAUCUGAAGGUGAAAGGUUAGAAUUCUUGCUCCACUUACUAUUGCCCACUAAUGGACAAUAACAGUUUAGAAGGAUACGCCUACAUCUUUGAGUGACAGUUUCCAUAACUCUCUCUGGAAAAGAUGCCCUAGAAGUAACUGACUCCAGCCAUGUGGGUAGAAUGUCCUUGCACUUCUGGCACCAUGCUCAUGCCUGCAUUUUAAAGUUUUGAGCUCGUGGGACAGCUACAGUUUCUAGUGUGGUAAUUUAAUCUCCCAUCUAGGCAACCCCUUAAAGAAGAAUAUUUUGAAAAUUUAGGAAAGUUUAGGGUUAAGAUGUCACACCUCCCCAAAGUUCUCGUGUUUGAUUUAUUUAUUUGCUCCCCUGGCAUUCAGCCAGUAAGCACUCUUUCCCAGGCAUCUUCCAAUAUAAAAUAAAUCAUAAAGCAACAGUAAAUGUCCAGCUCCGCCAUUGCAUUGAGACAAGGGAAAGUGCAUUUGCACUUUGUAUUACAUUGGUGUUGCACUGAUGGCAUGAAUGUGUACAUUUGUGAAUUUGUACUGUUUGUUACACUGCCAAUUUUCCUUUUCCUAAACGAUUGAGGAGAAUGGUUCAGGGCCGUUUACUGGACUCUCUACCUGUGAACACAGCGAGGACUUAAUCCCAAGUCAGUGUGCAUAAGACUGUAGCCUGAAACAAUUAACUGCAUCGAAUUGCUUUUCUUGGUGUUCCAGGGAAUAAUAAGCCAUUGUAAUAAGAGUUGUGUCACCUAGCACAUUUGUGAGGGGGCUGUGACAUCUGUGUGAGGGAUGACCACACAAUUGUUGCUGUAACAUAAAAGCUAUCUAAGCAUCUGUGAAUAAAUGGAUAACAUCACUGAAACCAC